UAAAGGGCCGUCCGAUGCGGGACGCGAACCGGGGCCAGCUGCAGCGAGGACUGUAGCCUCUACACAUGGGACGCUACCGACCACGAGUCUAUUUGAAUUAUUUACCUUCCUUCUGUAAUUUCAGAUAUUUUGGACUUUUAUUUUGAAACCCAUCGUCUCCUCUGCCCCGGAAGCUGUCGUCUUUAAUGCGGCUAACUUCGCGCUGUUUAGUCGUCUUGACUAAAGGCAGCUUGUAGCAGUUUCUUUAUUGUUAGUGAGAAAGUUUGUGUUGUGAUCCGUCAGAGACUCUGUGUGUCCGGAUAAACCUGUCUGAAUGGACUCUGUGCUGUUCACCUUUUCUUUCUGGAUGUUUUACCUCUGACUCAUCUCCCGGUAGACUACAAACACAUUCAAGUUAGCUUAGCAUGCUAGCUGGUUAGCACCGCGGCGCUAGUCAGAGUGACUGGUAUGAAGGAGAGCAAACUGUUUCUGACGGAGAUUGUGUAGAGAAAAAGUUGGUGUCACUGUGUGAAAAAUGUCUAAAGUCCAAACGGUGAGAGCGCUGGUGGAGCAGCGACUGACUGCGGCUGCUGAAGAGAUAUUUGGGCUGUUUGAAAGAACGAUAGCAGAGUACGAGGAGCAACUUUGUCGUUCAAAAGAGAAGAACGAGCGACAACAGAAACUACUGGACGCUGUUUUCAACCCUCAGAUUCAGUUACACAGAGCAGACAUUCAGCAGCUGUUGGUGAGCGAAGAAGAGUUUCCCUCUGAGCAGCAGGAGAGGAGCUGCAGUCUGGACCAAGACCAGGACCAGGAGGAGCCAGAGCCCCCAUACAUUAAAGAGGAACAGGAGGAACCUUGGAGCAGUCAGGAGGGAGAGCAGCUACAGUGGCUGGAGGAGGCUGAUAUCACCGAGUUCACAUUCACUCCUGUCCCUGUGAAGAGUGAAGAAGAUGAAGAGAAACCUCAGUCCUCACAGAUGCAUCAAACACAAACUGAACAGAUGGAAACAGAAGCUGAUGGAGAGGACUGUGGAGGACCAGAACCAGACAGGAGCUCUGAUCCAGAUCCACAUUUACAACCUGAUACUGAGGACGAGUCUGCAGACUCUUCUGAACCUGAGACUGAUGACAGUGCUGAUUGGAAGGAGACCAGAGAACCUCAAUCAGGUUUGAACUGUUUGAAAAAAGAUGGCGGCCCUGUCAGAGAUUCCAGAUUUAGUGCUGAUGAGAAACGAUUUAGCUGCUCUGAGUGUGGGAAAAGAUUUACACUGAGUGGACAGUUAAAGGCACACAUGAGCCUCCACACAGGAGAGAAACCUUUCAGCUGCUCAGUUUGUAAGAAAACUUUUACACAGAGUGGAACUGUAAAGUCACACAUGAGACUCCACACAGGAGAGAAACCUUUCAGCUGCUCAGUUUGUAAGAAAACUUUUACAGAGAGUGGAACUUUAAAGUCACACAUGAGACUCCACACAGGAGAGAAACCUUUCAGCUGCUCAGUUUGUAAGAAAACUUUUACACAGAGUGUACAUUUAAAGUCACACAUGAGAGUCCACACAGGAGAGAAACCUUUCAGCUGCUCAGUUUGUAAGAAAACUUUUAGACAGAGUGGAACUGUAAAGUCACACAUGAGACUCCACACAGGAGACAAACUUUGCAGCUGCUCAGUUUGUAAGAAAACAUUUACACAGAGUGGAGCUUUAAAGUCACACAUGAGACUCCACACAGGAGAGAAACUUUUCAGCUGCUCAGUUUGUAAGAAAACUUUUACACAGAGUGGAAAUUUAAAGUCACACAUGAGACUCCACACAGGAGAGAAACCUUUCAGCUGCUCAGUUUGUAAGAAAAUUUUUCCACGGAGUGGACAUUUAAAGUCACACAUGAGAGUCCACACAGGAGAGAAACCUUUCAGCUGCUCAGUUUGUAAGAAAACUUUUGCACAUUGUCAAACUUUGAAGAAACACAUGAGAGUCCACACAUGAGAGAAACCUUUCAUAAAUAUGCUGGCCGCUCAUCCUCAAAGUUUCAUCAAACUGAGGAGAACAAAGAGGCAGAGCCUCCAGCCAAUAGCCCACAUGAAGAGAUGCAAACAUCUUUUUCAAUCUUUUUAAAGGACUCAAGAGAGAUUUUCAAGUCUUUUUUAAAUGCUACAAAGCUUAUAGUAACUUUUAUAAAAAUGUAUUCUGUUUGUAUGAAAUGUACCAACAAUCUCAAUAUAAUUAUACAAUACUUUCUUUUCCAUGAUGUGAUAUGAUAUUAAUUUGUUUUUGUUUUUUUUGUUUUUCAAAACAACUUUCACCAACUGAUAUUUUAAUUCAAUAUUUGAUUGUACAAGUGUAACAUUUACAACUUUUUCAAACAGAAAAACAAAUUAAAAACAUUCUUGGUUUCCAAGUUUCCUGAAA